AUGGCUUACUUUCAUGAUACAAACAGUCCACUCCAGAUGGAGGAGGGUAAUUCUCAGAAUCACGAUCCAAAAGAACGUUCAAUCAAUGUUAAUAUACAACCAGCGUAUUUUUCGUCCCCAAGUGCAAGUUCUUCCAGUUCGAAACUUCAACAAAAUUUUCGUAAUUCGCCAAGUCCAAAGCCUUUGCAAAGUACUCACGAGCAAUCAGACUCACCUAGCAUUGAAUCAAGAAGUUCAUGCGCGCAAGACGACCCUUCACUUCCGCGAGAAAGAUUUUCGCGCCUCGAUCAACAAAAUUUUUCUAAUUCCCAUGUACCACCCUCCAGAUCAAAAACACCUAUUCAGAAACCGUUACAAUAUCUCUCUUCUCCAGCUAUGCCUAAUGUUCCACAAGUUAUCCAUAGUAAUAACCGUUAUGAUUAUUAUGAUGAUUCACGUGAUUCAAUUAUAUCGCAUCUUAGUAAUCCACGUAUGUCAAUUAGGCGUGACUCUCUUGAAGAGCAGGAUUAUUUUCCAAUACACAGUUUUAUAAGGUAUUAUGAAGACAGUGAGACGGAGGAUGACACCGAGAGAUCCAAUGUCGAGUCGUCACAAUCAUUUCCCGUCUAUUCGAACAACUAUGGUUUCAGUAAUCGACCCCCAUCUUCAUUCUAUCCUGAUGAUGUGAUCAAUGAAUAUGAUAGAAAGGGUAAAGGUCGAGAUGGUUCGAGAGUGAAUCACGAUUCCUUCGUCUAUAACAUUGGUCUGGAUCAUGAGAGUCGUUACAAUGUUCUCUCACGCGACUCUUUUCAAAAUUCGUCGGUCAAAAAGAAUUCCUCAACCUAUACAGCCUCCGAAUUCAGCCAUGACGGCGAGAAUUAUAAUUUAGGGUACCCGCAUACAACCGAUGAUGGUGUGGCUUACGCCUCGUGGAACUCGGAUGAUCAUCAGGCUCCGGUGUCAAAGGAGGAGAUAGAGGACAUCUUCACUGAACUCGUGGACAAGUUUGGUUUUCAGAAACAGAGCAUGCGCAACAUAUUCGACCUUCUCAUGUGCAUGCUAGAUUCUCGGGCUUCCCGAAUGACUCCCACCCAAGCUCUGUUGACCGUUCACGCCGACUACAUCGGUGGAAAGCACGCGAAUUACUACCAAUGGUAUUUCGCAACUCGCAUGGACCUGGAUGACGAUGACGAUGGGAAAAAUAGUGUGAGCGACUUGCCAAGCCAGGAGAAUAAAGAUUCUGAAGAAGAAUGGAACAGACAGAUGAGACAAAUGUCUCAUCAAGAUCGUGUACGUCAUAUUGCCCUGUGGCUUUUGUUGUGGGGUGAGGCGGCACAGGUUCGUUUUACCUCUGAAUGCCUUUGCUUCAUAUUUAAACUUGCCGAUGAUUACACAAAGGGUCCGGAGUACAAAGCCGUGACACAACCGGUUCCCGAGGGUGAAUACCUACGAAAUGUUGUCACACCACUCUACCAAUACAUUCUCGAUCAAGGGUAUAAAAUGGUCGACGGAAGUUUCGUGAAGAGGGAAAAGGAUCACGCCGAAACUAUAGGCUACGAUGAUAUCAAUGAGUUAUUUUGGUACGCGGAGAGCAUCGAACGUAUAGUCUUGAAAGACAAAUCAAGUCUUAUGGCGUUGCACAAAAGCCAGCGUUAUCAAAUGCUCGGUCAGGUGGAUUGGAACCACGUUUUCAAGAAGACCUACAAAGAAAAGCGUACUUGGCUUCAUCUUGCCGUUAAUUUUACUCGUGUUUGGAUCCUCCACGUCUCCAUCUUCUGGUACUAUACUUCAUUCAACGCCUCAUUCCUGUACACAGAUAUAAAUAACCCGGAACCGGCCGUUCAAUUUUCCGUGGUGGCUCUUGGUGGAGCUAUUUCCACUUUGUUCAUGAUUGUCGGGUGCGUCUGCGAGUUCUUCUUCAUUCCCCUGAAGAAAGAUAAUCUAUCGUUACUGGCGAAACGGCUUGCCAUUCUAUUCCUGAUCCUGAUCGUCAACUCCGCUCCUACAUACUAUAUCUACGUGAAAGCACGUACCAGUCAGAUAUCUUUGGUUAUCGGCGUCGUUCAAUUCAUUAUCUCACUAUUCAUCACUCUCAUCUUCGUCAUAACACCGAGCGCAAAGUUGUUUGGCGGACUACUAAAAGGUUCUCAAAAAUAUCGAGCCUUCAAGACAUUUACUGCCAAUUAUCCCACUCUCAGUAACCGAGAUCGAGCCACCUCGGUUGGUCUCUGGCUUUGCGUCUUUGGAUGUAAGUUUGUCGAAUCUUACUUCUUCUUAUCGCUUUCCUUCAAGGAUCCUCUGAAAGCAAUGGCCGACAGCAGAUCGAUUAACUGCGGCAACGCAUUUAUGAGUCGAAUGAUUUGUUCCUCCAUUCCCUUGAUAUCCAUGGUGUUCAUGAUCAUCGUGGACCUCAUUCUCUUCUUCCUGGACACCUACCUAUGGUAUGUCAUCUGGUAUACAAUUUUCUCAGUGGUUCGUUCAUUCUACCUUGGCAUCUCCAUAUGGACUCCCUGGAAGAACAUCUAUUCCAUGUUGCCCAAGCGAAUUUACGCAAAAAUUUUGGCAGCCUCGAAUAUUGAGAUCCGACCAAAGAUCCUGGUGUCGCAGAUCUGGAACGCGAUCGUCAUCUCCAUGUAUCGUGAUCACUUUUUGUCCAUCGAAAAUGUGCAGAAACUGUUGUACCGUAAACAUUUUUUGCCCAUCGAAAAUGUGCAGAAGUUAUUAUAUCAACAGGUAUGCUUCUUCUAUUUCUAUAAUGCGAUCUUUUGA